UCUCUGGAUAUUGGAAGAUGCAUCGAGCCUAUCAAACCAUCAUUCCAACCAGCAACAAGUACCUGCAACAGAAAUGGGACAAGAGUGAUUAUCAAAGGCACAGGAUAAAGGUGCAAAAGGCAACUACGGUUGUGGAUACAAGAGGACCUCAGACUCCUGCUCAUCUUCAAGUCAAGUUAAAAAAACUACAGCUAGAGAAAGAACGUUUGGCUAUCAUCAGGAGAGACAAUCAGAUUCUUUCUAGCAAAUUGGCCGACAUCAUGAGUUCCAAUGGGACUGUGGACAAUUGGAAUAACUACGCAAAUAAAAGUCUGAAUGCAGAGAAGCGUCAGAGGGAGCUCAAACGAAUAGCACAGGAGAACCAAGCCAUUCUACACCGUAUCACACAUCGCCAGUCGGAAUACAGGCGCAGCAGACUGGAUGAGGAGUGGGAGAAAGUGGAGAGACUCCAAAAAGACAUUGCACACUAUCCACAUCAGCUAAAAGCUGAGCAGGUGAGACAAACAUUGAGUGAGAAUAUGGAAACUUGCUCCAAAAAGGGGCAUAGCUGA